AUUUCCUCUAUACAGGUUUUGAAAAAUCUCCCCUAUAUAUUCCCAGAGGAAAAGUGAGGCAAAACUGAUGAUGCCACACUGGGACACAAUGGCCUCCAACAAACAGGACGUGCAGCUCAUCCUGGAGGGACUUGUCUCUGUGGCUUCCCGGGGUCUACAGAAUAUAGCUCUACAGGAGAACUACCAAGUCAUCCAGGAGCUUGGACAUGGUGGCUAUAGUUCUGUUCUGAUGGUAAAGGAGAAGAAAACAGAUCAAACUGUGGCAAUAAAGCUGCUUCAUAUGAAAAAGACGACUGAAUCUUCCUUCCUUAUGGAGUUCAGCACAUCCUUCUUCCUGUCAUCCCAUCCUAAUAUUAUUGGAAUAUAUGGAACCGCCUUCAAGACGGGCGACUAUUUUGCCUACACCCAGGAGCUGGCUACAAAUGGAGAUCUCUUCUCCCUUUUAACAUCUAAUGACGGACUCCCAGAAGACAUAGUGAAGAGAUGCGCGGUGCAGAUCUCCAGUGCCCUGGAAUUCAUAGAGAUUUUCAUAUUGAGGAGCCUCCAGAUGACAUCCAGUAUCCAGCAGUGUUUAUGGAUGACGAGGUAUCAGUCUAUGUCGGGGCAGAGGUGGAAAUUGGAUGAAGGGAAAUCAUUCAGCUGUGUCCUCACAGGAAAAAGUAGGUGGCACAAAUUCCAUGAUCAGGUAAGAAGAUUUUUUAUUAGAAUAAGAGUCUUUAAUAGGUCGAUGGGCUUUACCCGUAUCAGAUACAUGGAGAAAUCAGGAAUAUGUGUGUUUUACAAACAUGUUUUUGUUACUUGAUGUGCUCUGGGUGCUAAAAAGUAUCUCUGCUUUCGCCUACAGUAUUUAGAUGGGUCUGGUGCAUCAAAAUGAAGGAAAGCUUUACCAUGGGUCUGCAAUGUAAUCAA